AUGACACUCAAGCGUAAGUGUUUCAGAUAUUUCACAUACUCUCACACUUUCUGCAUUACUAGAGUUCUUUAUGGAGAACUAGACCUUGAGAUGGUUUCUUGCACAAUAGUGUAUUUAUACUUGAAAAGGAUAUUGACGGCCGUGCUUUGGAAACAUGUUGUGUAAGGUGUUGUAUAGCAUGUUUGUUAUCUGUGCAAGGAAACAGGAACAUUGUGAGGGUGAUGUUGUUAUUGAUCAUCAGCUCACUACUGUAACUGCCCGUUAAACUCCAACCCUUAACAGCAGCUCAGGCAGGUAAAUCACCAUGGUAACAUACAUGAAGACAGUUUGUCCCCGUACAUGACCACCACAAACAUCAGAAAAUGGUAAUAUCCUGCCUGGAGAUGAAUCUAGAGGGCAAGUAAAAUCAAUUCACUCAAGUAUAAGGAUUUAUCAAAUGGAUUUUUUUCCUGUAUUAUAAGUUUUUCAAUUUAAAUAAAUUAGUUUUGCAGGAGUGAGGGGGCAGAUGGAGAGAGUGAGAACUUUCUGAUCUCACUUUAAUGAGCAGGUAUAAAAGCAAACUAACUGACUCAUUGGCGACUAUAUUGAAUAAUUAAUUAAUCUGGCAUUUGAUUUGAGAGUUGGCAAAGUGACCAUGAAUAAAUGUUAACUGACUAGCUAUAGCUAUGGUUUGUUGGCUUUUACAGAGUUGUUUGCUGUGCAGAGAGGGUGUAAACCUCAGCAUGUGGACACCUGGUGAGAAACCACUCAAAGUGCUGGUUCAGUCACUGUGAGCACUGAUGUUAAAAACAGCUUGUACUGCAUUUAGAUGAUACAUAAAGGUGCUGUGUGUCGCAUUAAUGCAGCAGCACUUAGCAAAUAAAUCACCAGUCUGAACAUCAUGGAGUCUGCACAGUUAUAUUCAGACUUCAUUGAUUAAAAUUAAAGGGUUGAUAGCUUAACAUUAGUGUUGGCUGGAUUUUAAACAAAGGGUCAAACCUGGAAGGGAUUGUCUCUAACACUAUUACUAAUUAGAUACUCAAACAAACCCUGAUUGAUUAAACUCAUUUCUAUGAUUUACAUUAUUUUUGUUAAACAAUGAGUCACCAAAACUCAAAAUCAGUAACACUGAAAAAAAAUAUAGCUCAGUUUAACAUCACAACUGUUGAUUUUACUGUCAUUCUGUGGAUAGAUCUCAGACUGCAUAUACGAUGGACAACUUGGUUCCGCUUCCCGUCAUUGUACGAAUCUGAAACUGAAUUUCUCUUGGUAAUUCUGCUUUUUUUCUCCAUUUCCUUAAACCAGCAGGAGAGUCACUGAGAGUUGCUGUGAUGACGCUCGGCUCAAACAGCGUAUCCCAGGGGUGAGCAACGCAGUCUUUGUACCCCCAUAGGCUGUAUCAAGUGUCAAUCAUAGAAAAUAUGAACCCUCUAAUAACUUUUAAAAAUGGAGCUGUACAGAAAAAAGAGGACUUGAGCAAAAACCAGUCUUACAAUAACUACAUGUCAACAUCGCAAGCAGGGGGGAGGAAAAUUUACUUUCUGUUUAAUAAAUUUCUAAAGUUUGUCCACAGCUCCAUAGGGAUUGCUGGAGGAGGCAGGAUUUAUAACCUAUACUGCAGCCCGUCACCAGAGGGUGCUGUUCUUGCGGUGGCUUCACCCAGCAAGGAGGCAGCUUGCAUCAAUUCAAUAUACAGUCUAUGAAAGAUCUCCACAGUUCAACACAAUGAGACACUUCAGGGAACAAGAAGUGAGCAAUAGAUUAUCAAUCAGCAGUGGUUUAAGGGGAAAAUUGCCAUUUUGAAAGUGCCUUCUUAGACGCUUCUGAUUGAAAUAAAGGUUUAUUCAAAAAACGACUUUGAAACCCUUUCCAUGGAAAAUGCAUGAAAAUUUGCUUUAGUUGCUGCUCUUCUACAGGAUGAAAACAACAAAGACCCUUCUGUUUGUCCCUAACAGUACAAAGCAUGGAAGAAGCGUCCUCUUGAUGCACUUUCCGCAUGUAAAGCGUAAAAAAGUGCCCUUUAAAUACCCUAUCGAUCAAAUGUGACAAUGUGCCCUUUUUGAUGAAGGGUGAACUGAUCGGCUCAUUUUAUAAUUUAUCAACGAAAAACAAAAGGGUGGAUGUUGUUCAAUCUGGAGACAAAGGCAGAUUUUUCCCUGUCGGUAUGUUACAGAAAAUAUCAAAUAAAGAAAUUAUUGUUACAUGUGUUGACUUUUUUAUGUUUCAUUGGUAAAAUAAUCUUGAAUGAGAUUUUUUGGCUUCUAAAAACAAAUGAUUCUGUAGGUGGAUGCAAUAAUUUAGUUAGUUUAGGACAUGUCAAUGAUUGAGGGCUGAGGAUUGAGGGUUAAAAGAAACUAAAACAAAUAAAGUUUCUUUUUUUUUGGACUGUGAACUUAAUUUUAAAGAAUGAACUAUGACGGUGAACUAUAAAUCGACUUUAAUCUGCGUGAGCUGAAUUUUGAGCUCACUCAUUUUUGGUGUAAAUUUGCACCACAAUGCUGGCAAGAUGUACAGUAUAGCAAAGUUAACUUGGGUAAAACUUUUUGAAAAGUCUUCUUAUAAAUAUGUGUUAAAUCUGUGUAUUUCAUUGACUGGUUUACAGCUAAAUACUCAAUUUUAAAAUGACCACAACCAAUCAAAUCUUGCCAAAAUAUCAACCUCAUGCAGGGAUUAGCAUUAAUUUCUCAAUAAUCAUAAUCUAAUUAUACAGAGCAGGUUUGUAAGUUAAACCAUAACAGUGUCACUAAAAAGCAUAUUUUGCUUAUAAGUCAGUAUUGAGGUCAAACACAGUAUCAAGGUCAUAUUCCUUUCCAGCUUGAGGUCAACUCUUUGAUUUGAAUUUAGUGGAAAUAAUCUUGAUAAUGAGUGUGACGGAGCUGGCAGAGCUCAUUUUUCCUGCAGUGAUUCUCUAAAGCCUGACAACAGACGGUGAUGCUCUUUGAGAUUUCUCCGCUUAAAGGUCUCCUCUGUGUGUGAAAGAAAUAUAAGAACAUCUGCGUCUGUGUUGUACUGCAGCCGCAGAUCCCUUCAGUCCCUCUGGUUGUAAAGGUCACGGCUGCAUUUUAUUAUUUCAAAGGUAAACUCAACGUUUCAUGACCUGCAGAGCUCUCAGAGCAGGAGAAGUGUCUUCGCCUCGCUCAGGUCUGAUCUCCGGAGCAGAAAAUGUGAAUUAUUUAAACGUUCUGUCAUAGGUCUCCUGACUCAUUGAUUAAAAGUCUAUUUCUGUGUUUUUCAUCUUGUUUCAGUGUAACAGUGAGUCCAUUGUCCCAUGUGGUCUGUUUGUGUGCAGAUCUGUCACCAGAUGGUCUCCCCCUCCUCUUCUUCAGUUCAACAACAUGGCUGAUAGUUUUUCUCGUAGCCUUUAUUUUGCACCCUGUGAUUUAUUUUCUAUUCCAGUUUUUUAAAGAAGAAGCACAAGUUCACGUGUGUACGUGAGCGUGUUUUUAGGUUUCUGCUUCAACUGUUUUGAGAGUGUUUUGAUUUGCUGCUUCAGGAUUAAAAGACUUCAUCCGGAAAAUUAAACCCCUGACAAAGGUGUCGUAUUCCAGACUGACAUUCAUUACACCAAAAACAAUGUGAAAGACUUUGCUUUUGGAUAAAGAGUCUGCAAGGCUUGGAUUUUUCUAUCAUAGAUAUUCUUCUAGGAGUUGGCUAUGUCUUUAUUCCAAACAUCAUUGACCAAUCAGGGAUCAGCAGCUUUGAGGAAUGAUGGAAAAAGCUCGCAGAACAUAAACGACUGUGAUGAAAUCUCAGCUCCUAACUAUGAAAGCCAAUGUCCAGCAGUUAAGUAUAGAUAUAGAAUAGACAGAUACCAAACAACAGCUUUAUUAACACAGAUAUUAACAUAAAAAGCAGCGUUCAUGAAAACUAUCUUUUAAACAGUUGGCAGAUUUGAUCGUAAAAACCGUCUUUUAAGCCGUUGUGUUUGUAGUGUUUGUUUAGAAGCGGUUUAAGUGUUCCCUGUUUGCCCUUCAGUGCACCUCGAGCCAAAAAUGAAUAAUGUCAACUUUUCUAUUUUAAUAGGAGCCUUGGCUUUGUUCCUGUAUGAGACACGAGAGUGUGACAUUUGUUGGAAACAGAUCAGCUGCUCUCUGAGUUGCAGUGCUCUGCUGGAAUCCUGCACUGAGGGUGUUGAUGAGUUUCUGCAGCCUCUUUUUUCUUACUGAGCAACAAACACACACUCAAUAAAGAUUAGCAGACUCAGUCUAAUUAAACACACACUCAACCUGACAAUCUGCUCUGUUUAGAUAAGUGAGAUACUGAAAACCUGUAUUAUCUCCUUCAGCAGAGUGCUGCAGAUUUAACAGAUGAUGGACCAGUCUUAAGGAGCUCUUUACCAGGAGUUUGACCAUGUGCAUAAAAUGACACAAAUUUAUCUUUUUAGGCAAAAAAAUAAAGGUUUGAAAGGCUGUAAAUGGAAGCAGCAGAAAACAGUGACACUAAGUGAGAUCAAGUGACUAUUAUUGUAAAUUCAGUGCAACACAAAAAACAAAAAGCAUUAGGGGAAAAUUAAAUAAUAGAAGUGAGACUGUCAGACCCAUACCUAAGUUUGCAGCUUUAAAGGUGGGGUAGGUAGGAUCUGAGGAAGUGCCAGUUUUUGGGAGAAAUCUUGAAUGUAAACACUCCCCCUUCCAACCAGUUUUCCCCUCAGCUCCUCCUCUCCCCUCCCUCUCUGCUCCAGCAAGCCCCGCCUACAAAUGGACGCUCCUGCUCGCUCAUAUUGUUCCAAUUAAAUUCAGAUAUAAUGUAGAUAAAUACUUCAGAUAAUUACAAAUGGGGCCCAGUCGGUGGGACAUGUUUGGAACACCUCUGACGGGAGGCGUCCAGAAGGCAUCCAAUUCAGAUGCCCGAGCCACCUCAGCUGACUCCUCUCGACGUGGAGGAGCAGUGGUUCUACUCUGAGCGCCUCCUGAGUGUCUGAGCUCCUUACCCUAUCUCUAAGGCUGAGCCCGGUCACCCUGCGAAGGAAACCCAUUUCAGCCACUUGUAUCUGCGAUCUUGUUCUUUCGGUCAUUACCCAAAGUUAAUGGCCAAAGGUGAGGGUCGGCACGUAGAUCGACUGGUUAAUCGAGAGUCUCGCCUUAAGACUCAGCUCUUUCUUCACCAAGACCGAUCAGCUAAGUGUCCGAUCUGAUCCGCCUGUCGAUCUCCCAUUCCAUCCUACCCUCACUCGUGAACAAGAUCCCGAAAUACGUAAACUCCUCCACUUGAGGCAGGACCACUCCUCCAACCUGGAGAAAGCGAUCUAACUUUUUCCGACUGAGGACCAUGGCCUCGGACUAUCAAAUGUCAUCAAUAACUAAUAGUUAUUGACUGAUAUUAAAAGCUUUUUUGUUUAUACACCACAAAAAAAAGAUGCUUCUUUAACGGAUUCCUGCCUACCCCACCUUGAAUGGUUUGUUUUCAAAUAAGGCUGGGUUCAUUGUUGAGCUCCAUCUCUAGAAAUGAUGAGGUGUAAAAGUUGUGUGUUUGAAAAUGAAACUUCACAGCUGUGGAUGUCGCCCGGAGGCGGCUCUGUCUCCUGUUUACGCGCCUUUCUCUGCCACCUUAAAGUAACCAGACAGCUAAUAUCAGACAGUGUCAGCCAUCUUUUUUCUUCAGACCGUCUGUCCUAUGCCCGAACCAGCCGUGACAGCUCUGAUUUCUCUCUUUUAUAACACCGUCUCACACUGGGACUGAGGCGGAAAGACACAUUGGUGGUUAAAAUGGGUUAAUUGGAGCAGGACACACCAUGACCACACUAUCAGAGAAAACUAACACAAGAACUUUUUUGUGGAAAGACUUUUGAAGAACAUCACACUUGUUUGGUUAUGCAGCCCCCAGAGAAAAAUACACCAGCCACCAUUAUGCCCACACAUCAAAAAUAACAGGCCCUUGCUGACUUUUGUCCGUAGGGUGAUUAUCUUGUGGUGUGUACCUGGUUAUAUCAGUGUGCUUUAAAUAUGUCCAAGUUUGGUUUCAGUCUUCCAGAGGAUUUGUAUUAGUUAUGUAUUCAAGGUGGGGUAGGCAGGAAUCUGUUAAAGAAGCAUCUUUUUUUGCGGUGUGUAUACAAAAAGCUUUUAAUAUCAGUCAGUAGCUAUUAGUUAUUGAUGACAUUUGGGAAUAUCACAAUACGACCAAUUGACCGAAAUGACCGGAUCUUUUUAAUGAACGAACCGGAAUGAUCCGGUUCACUGAAAUGAACGGUUUUGCCCACCACUAUUUGACACUGAAUCUUUUAACACUGAAUUAUUUGACACUAAAUCGUUUUUUAUGCUGAAAUUUUUUUAACACAGUUUUUCUAAGUCAAAUUUUUACUAAACGAAUAUUUAUGAGAGACUAUUAUCUAUGUGGGCAUUGUCAGUAAGUUGUUAACAGUUAUAACACAUUAUAAUACCUGACCUUGUAAGUCAUGAUAAAUUGCUUUAUAAUUUGUUAUGAUUAUUGCUAUAAAGCAUAAUGAUCAUUUAUGAGUGUUUAUAACUAUAGUUAUACAGUGCUAUAACGUGAUUAUAACACAUUAUACAUAUAUUUAUCAUGAGUUAUAGAGAUAGGCGUUAAGUAAACUGUUACCAAAUUUAGCUUUAGAAAUUCAAAUUCAAAAUCAGAUGGCACAGAUUUACUUCCAUAAUCAAUAUGAAUUUUGGUCUAUUUGAUGGAUGUCUAAAAAUACAAUUUAGCCUAUUUAAAAUGCACUCUAGAUUUGAAUCAGUCCCAAAAGUUUAGUUAAACCUGUUGCAGAGUAAAAGCAAGCUUGUGUUGUAAAAGCAAGUUGUUGUUUGCUGGGUAUCACUGAUGACAUGAACGCAAAUAACUGCUGCCCUACACUAAUCUUUAAAGAAAAAAGAUAAAACUGAUAAUCGUAUUACAUUUCUUUAUCAUAUAACACUCAUUACUGACAGGAAAGGAGUGUGUUUCUGCUGUAUGUUCUCAACAGUGCUGUCUCAUUUUAACAUUUCCGACAGGACCUGAACGCAUCAGAGCACGGACGGCUCCUGCGGGAGGAGAGAGCAGCAGAGGAGAAAGAGAGAGCCGUAGAAAUAUGAAGUUCUCCUCUUUUCUCUUCACGGCAGGGGGAACGACAGGUGACUCGUGUCGUGGAUUUAGGCAUGCGGGAGUGAGAAGUUUAUUCGAUUAGUAUUAAAAAUUUUUUAAAGAUCUUUGAGCAACAGGAACACAAAAACAUCACAUCUGAUUCAGAUAAUCAUUUGAAGACUGAAUGGAGGAGAAAUGAGGGAAGGAUAGUGAAUGAAAAGGAGCAGCUGGGGUGAGUGAACUUAACUUAAAGCUGUGUUUUUUUGUGUGAAAACGUGUAGUUUAAGUGUGGUGUGAUGCGUUUGUGUUUCCACAGGUGUUUGUCUGUUUGUCUGUCUGUCUGUCAGCACACACAGCCUGCUGCUCAAACUGUAAUUCAUAAAACAGUGUGAUACUAUCAGCCUCCUGCAGCUGCACCCACAGCGUCAGGUGAUGUUCAGGUGCCUAUAAAUACUAGGAUAUUUUACUCUGAGUGGAGAGGAGACACUUAAAAUGUGAAAACAUGGAGGGCAGCUCCUGGUCUUUUUUAAUGAAUGGUUUGAUUCAAAACCUCAUUGGCACAGGAGACAUGAUUUUUUUGGCAUGGUUUGAUAAUUAAGGAGAGAGUGUUCAUAAUUAAAGCCUGGAUUACUUGUCGUUUUUUUAAAUAAUUUAUGCAGUUUUUUCCCAAUGCACAGGUUAUUUAAAAAGACAUAAUUCCUGCUUAGAAAUUAUUUAAUUAAAAACCCCUCUUUCUGUCAUCCUUCUGAGCAUUUUUUGGUCUAAAAGAGGUCUAAUGGACGUCUAAAUGUGGCCUUGAUGACUGGUCUACAAUCAGGCUACCACAGGUCUAAAAAUGAAAGGUUUUUUUAGACGUCUAAAUUUAGACCAAGUUUGGACCAAGUCUUAAUCUGGGUUAUAUCUUUACUACACUGUAUUUUGCUCAACGACUAUCAUUAUUAUUUUGGUGAUCAGUUAUGCAACUCACAGUUGCUUUUUGAGAUAAAUAGUUAUCGAAUUAUGGGUUAAAGUGCAACGUCUAAAUUCCGUCUAAUUAUAUACAGAAUCUAGACGGUUGAAAUUAGGUCUAAAAAAACUAGACGUCUAAUAGCCGUCUAUUACUCAGUGGGAUUCAAGCCAUAAAGAGAAGAUGCUUACAAUAUCAAUCGUUUGAGGAAAACAGUCUGUACAGAUGUGGGGAAUUUGCAGGUCUUUCUUUCAUGUUCUUUUACAUUGAACACAUCUAAAUAUGUUAAAUCCAUAAAAGUAUUUUGGAUUAUUUCAAAUCUACCAAAGGUUAUAUGUUCUUGCUCAAGUGGUCUGUGAUCCAUCUUACCAUGUUAGAGCAGAAUUUGGAUCCGUUUUCUUCUUCAGGUAAACACCUACUGUGGAUAAACAGAGUAUGCCCUCAGUGUUGCACUAACUCUUGUAAUGCCAGUCUGUCAGUUGUGCACUGGUGCAACAAAGGGGCAAGAAUUAACAAAUUGGCACACAUUUGCCAAGGUUGCCUCAUAUUGAUAUUUCUCAUCGCCUAUAUAGUCAAAUUAGAUCAUCUGCCACAAGAUUAGUAAAUUCAGGUUGGAUUUCCGUGCAAAAAGCUGAGUCAUUGUUCGUUUCUCUCCCUGAAGUGUCUGUGUUUAAACUCUGCAGGUAAAGUGUUGCUGUGAGAAGUAGGUUAGAAAGCAGGAGGAGUUUUAAAGUGUUGUUUUAGAUCCCAGAGCUCUCCAACAAGGGUUGUGAAGUAAGGACUCAGCACACGGUGACAAUGCAAGACCAUAAAUGCAACUGUGAUUAUCACAAAGCAUCAUUACAAAGAAAAACAGAAGAAAAAGAUUAAAUUCUCUUCAUUUGCUUAAUCAACAAUGCAUGCUGUGGGUGAUGGUGCUCAUGGGAAAUGCAGUCCAAAAGCAAGAAAUUAAGCAGAUACUAUGACAACAAGAAGAAAAGCCGUUUGGUUUAAUCUGGGUAACCAGUGUUCUGAUAAAAAGUGAAUACAAAUUCAACUCUUGAGAAAUGUCAUUUCUUGGCUCAGUACAUCCACCAAAGACAUACUUGUUCAUCUAUAUCUGGUGAGUCUCAGCUUCUCUGUAAACAGGAAGUUACACUGACACUUUAGUCUGGUUAAGUAUGGUAUAGUAACUGCAGUAAACAAUGUGCUGAGCUUCUGUCCUUACAGCUUUGGGGUUAUUGCUGGUUAUAGCUUGAUAAGAUGGUUUAAGACCAGUCUGGAAGCACUGGGCAAGAAGUAAUUUGUUGAAAAAGUGUAUCACUUCUGCUAACGUAGGUGGCAAAGUGCCCUCUUUCAGUUCGUCACUGCGUGUACCUUUCACACAAACUACACAACAGCGUCAUCUUUUUUCUUAUGUCCUUUCUUCUGUCAAAGUUUUGUUCUAUUGAUGCACUUGAGCUGUUCAACUUCUAAGUCAAAGCCUGACGUGCAAAUGUGGAGUAUCUGACACAUCUUCAGAGAAAUACUUCUUCUGUUUUCUUCGACCUAGUUUUUAUUCUUUGGUAGUUGAAUGUUCUGCUUAUGAAACUGUUUUGGCUCCGACAAAAGACUAUCUGAAAGUUUGAAGGACUUGAUGUCAUGGAUCCCAGCCGUGAUUAUUCAGUGGAUGAGUAAUAUGUGAGUUUAUUCUGAGGAGUGUGAGUUUGUGUUGAGCUGAGUCAGUCCUGUCUGUCUGUGUUCGAUGUCAGACUGAAGUCCUGAAGGUGAGAUGUGAAGCUGAGUGGUCAUUCUCAUAACCUGCUGCAUGGAUUGGCUGGAGAUGGGAGAGAGUGGGUGCACUGAGUCACUGAGUCACUGAGCGAGUGUGCGUGCGUGCGUGUGUGUCUAUGUCUGUGUGCGCAGGAAAGGACGCAGUUUAAAUGACACUUAAACUAGUAAUAAUUUAUCUUGAUUUCGCUUGCAAGUCAGGGGUUGGUUGAGUUGUUUAAGGGUAACAGGUUUUGUCCCUCCUCCAUCCAGGAGCAGCAAACAACAUCUGUUUAUAUCCAACAGAGUUAUUAGAGUCUUUGCGUGUCUAUAAAACCACAGAGAAGAAAGUUAAGUGAAUAUGAAAGGUUUAUUUUUUGUGAUUUUUACAAACGCUUAACUCUGGUAUCAUUUUUUCGGCAUUUUACCCCAAAUCACGAUUCCUCCCAAACCAUAAAGUAAAGUUCAAGUAUUUUCAAUUAGGCUUGUAUGUUUUAGGGUACUAUACAGUAUUACUACUAUGCAAAACUCUGUUGUUAGUAGGACCACUAAGUUAGUGUACUGGCCCUUUUUAAAAUUGGUCCUAAGUUCAUGGUGUGAAGCUAUUUAGGGCAAGUCAGACCACAUUUUGCUAGUUAUGCACCGCACAAUUUUGGUGCUAAGUGAGGCACAGGGAGCUGGGUGAUUAGAUUAUGUAUAUUGUUUAUUUGUUGUUGUGUUUUGUGAGUCAAAAAAAUUACACCAAUCAAAGUAUCACUCUCACUCCCCUAAAAAAAUUAAACAGGUGAUGUUACUCUUUUCCUGAGACAGAAUAGGCAUCUCAAGGUCAGCUGAUUUCUGAUACAGCCUCUUAUUGGUCAAUAGAUCAUAACAUAGAAGGCAGUCUUCCAUAAAUAAGCAUAGUCAGCUAACAGUAAGAAAUAAUACUAUCAUUUAGAUUUAGACUUCCUCAUAGAUUACCUUUGUUUUUGAGUGAUUAAUUCAAGACUGUCCAGUAGUUUCAUAAACUGUAUUUUAGGAAAUGUGAAAUUGUAAUAUGGAGAGGGCAGGUAAUGGCUGGUCCAGGUAUGACAAAAAUGUCUGGAUUGCAGAUUUUGUCCUUAGAUGGACACUUAACUUUAAAAUAUUUUAAUUGGACUGAAUGCUGUUAUUAAUGGACUCUUUCCAUCACUCUGUGGUUCCUUAUAUUUGCAGCAGCUGACCAGGGCAGAAGAUAUGAAGCAGCCAGAACUCAUUUGGAGAAACAUGCUGCAAAGGCUCAAACAAUACAACUGCAUGAAUAAGAGGCAAAUGAAACUAUGGAAACUGUGCUGCAAAAAAAACAAAACAACUGAAAAGGUAAAAUUUUGCAAAUUAAAGGCACCAUCAGAGACAGCAUCAUUGUUCUCACAUCCUUUUGUCAAUUGUACUUUAAAUUGUGAUUAUAUCUUAUUGUACCGCAUGGUGUCAUAUAAUAUCGUUUCAUUCACAGAUGUGUAGUUCCAAACACAGAAAGACAUGACCAUUCAUGCAGAGGACACAGCAGUGUCAGUUUGUUAAUUACUUCUGUCUGUAGAGUCAGGAGAGUUGGGCGAGGAUGUGGAUCUUUUCUGUUUUGUACAUGACUUUGAGCUGGUUCUCAUGCCAGGAUUAGAGAGUGAAUUAAGUCAUGUUUUAAGGUCACUGCGAUGGUCUUUAACUCAAGUAUGCACAGAGUGGAUAUCUUUGCCUCUAGAAAUUACAUUGCAAGCCUCAAGUGAUUGAGAAGAUGGAAGAAUGCCAACAUGCGCAAGCAAUUAAACUUAACAGCAAGUGUAAACUGUCACUUAUAUACUGCCAUUUACGCCCCCGGUUAUGCCACGUCUGCAAUGUCUAAUGCACAGAGGUAUAAGGGUGGGGCGAAAUGGUUCUGCCUCUUAGGGUAGUAACAGGGGUGGACUGGGUUGAAGAAGGUGUUGAACAGGCUUUUGUUUUUAUUCUUAGUCAUUGCUUGUCUCUAACAGCUGACAUGCUAACGGUAUUGUCUACGUGUCGGGAAAACUGGUGGUGUAUCUUGCAAAAUCAUCACCUGCUGCCACGAAAUCAGAUGUGAUAUUACCCAAAAGAGAAGUCAAAAGUAGAUUGUGCCCCUGUUCUAUAGGAAGAAAAGUAUUUUUAAUCGAACUCAUAUGAAUGCUCCCCUCUCUGUAACGUUUUUCCACCGUCUCCUGGAAUACUGUGACAAACAUUUAUUUCACUCUACAAGUAGCAUCUCCUCCUCCUGAAGUACACUGUCUACUUGUCCUCCUCUUGUUUCUGGCAUCAUCCGUCAUUAUACACUCCUCCAGGUCUGGCCUCUUUUCUGUGGACUAUAAGACUAAAAUAGUCUGCCUUACCAUGACAAAAAGAGCUGCCUGAGGUGUUAGGUUUAAGGACGUUUUAUGACAGCAUGAAAAAUGAAGAGCGAAGAGUUAGGGGGAGAUAACACCUGCAAAGUUAUAAGCUUUGUGAAGAUUUCUGUGAAACAAAUGUAAUAUCACGCUUCUUCAACCUCCAUUAUAGGUCUAAGUGAAUGUAUUUCACAGCUGCAUAGUGGCCUGCUGUCUGGACCACUUUUGCAGAAUCACUUUCACAUUUUGCACGACAAGGUGUGAAUUCUACCCAUCACAGGGAAGGCUAAAGUGCGCCAAUCUUCCUGUCUCUGGCCUUGCUAUCUGGGCGCGCAGCACUGCAAAUAAUAUGGAAAUCUGUUGGGCAGACUGGAAUAUAAAUGGGAGAACAUGGUAAUCAGUCAUAAUCCCCUCAGCCUGUCACAUUAUCCUUUUCAAAACAUUUAUUCAGCCCUUCAAAAGACGGCAGGGCUUCGUGGAUCACCCAGCAAAUACAGACGAGCGUUUUUGAAGGACUGGUGAUGAUGAAGGUAAAAGGCAGAAACGGUGGCUGACAAAGUGAAAUUGAUGAAUUUGAGAGCACUUUUUUUUUUGAUAGCCUUUUUCACAGCAAGAGCUUCUAUAGAUCUGGGCAGAGGGGCAUUAGAAGUAUAAAAGAGAUGGAGUGUGACGUGACUAAUAAAAAAAGAUUCAAACCAGGUCCAGAACAAAUACCCAGUGUGCCACGUAGCGUGAAGUCCCAAUACAAUCCUUCAUAAACCACAUGAACCUCCAUUACUACUGAGCGUAAACUCCUGAGAGGGAAUAUUGAUUUGAGCUUUACUUUACCUUUAUUUCACUUUUACAAAAGAACCUUUUCCAUAGAUAAUUUUCAAUAACAGGAAAAAAGGCAGUGAAGAAUGAAGCGACAAAGGAAAGAUGGGAGGUAUUCAAAAGUACAGAAUCUGUAAAAGGUUUCCCAUGAUGACAAUUUAAAUAUUUAUAAAGCCUUUCAAUGUACCCUAGGACAAUUUUAAGGACAGGGAAGCACUCACAAAGACACAAUACCUGGAAAUAAUGGAAAAGCGUGAAAUCGGUAAUGAGAGAAGGCAGAGCUCUGUGUGUUGGGAUUUUCCAUUUGUUUUUAAUAGCUCUGGGCUGUUGACCAGUGUGUCAAAUGAUGGUAUGUUUUUCGAUCAAUUAGACCCAUUCACAAAUCUUCACAAUGCCAGAAGAAGAUUAUCUAUGAAUUUGGCCCACAUGGACAUAGGAAUUAACCAUGUGAUUUUUGGUGGUAGAAGAAGAACGUUGACUGCACCCUUAUAUCUGUCUCAUUGAGGGCCGUCACCGUAUCGGGUUUUCAAGAGAUUAUCAUGGCCAUAAAAUAUCACUGUUAUAAUAUCACCUUAUACUUAAAGCACUCCCUAAGUAGAAGAAGAAGAACUUUAUUAAUCCCCAAAGGGAAAUAAUGUAAUAUAAUUUAAUGAAACUAAAAAGCUUUUGACUAAAACGAAGUGAAAAGUUCUACAUAUUAACAGGUACUACAGUCUGUCUCUAUAAUGGAUUUAGGAUUGACCUUUGUGCUCUAGUUGGGUUAAGGGUGACACCAUAGACUGUAUAUAGAAUGGACAGAGUCUGCCUCCUCGCUGGGUAAAGCCACCCUGAAAACAGCACCCUCUGGUGACCCCACCCCCCACCCCCCACCCCCCACUUGAAAUGUUGACAUGUAGUUCCUGCAGUGGUUUUCAAUCUAGUCCUCGAGGCCCACUGUCCUGCAUGUUUUGUAUGUUUCCCUGCUCCAACACACCUGAUUCAAAUGAUCAGCUCGUUAUCAAGCUCUGUAAUGGCUUAACGAGCUGAUCAUUUGAAUCAGAUGUGUUGGAGCAGGGAAACAUCCAAAACAUGCAGGACAGUGGGGGGCUCGAGGACUGGAUUGAGAACCACUGAGUUACUGUAAGACUGGUUUGUGCUCAAGUCCUCUUUUUUCUCUACGGCUUCAUUUUUUAAAAGUAAUUAGGGGGUUCAUGUUUUCUAUGAUUGACACUUGAUACAGCCUAUGGGCGUACGAAGAUUACGUAGCUCACCCGGGGGACGCGCUGUUUGAGCCGAGCGUCAUCACAGCGACUCUUAGUGACUCUCCCUGCAAUGUUGGUUUUAGGAAAUGGAGAGAAAACGCGGAAUUACCAAGAACUUUUCAGCUUCAAAUCCGUAUACUGGCGGAAGGCGGAACCAAGUUGACCAUAGUAUAUACAGUCUAUGGGUGACACAAAUCUCUGGACUGUAAUACUGUGUUUGAACGCUAACGUUGGCUAUGUUCCCAUGUAUAAUAGGCUGUCAGGUAUAUAAUUUUUUACUUUUUAAUAUGCGGCCCCGUCUCUCUUCUGAGUAUUACUAUGCACAAUCUUUAUCAUCCAGUAUCAACUGGGAAGCUGUGAAAUUACCAUAAUUUGUCAGAUUAUCCAGGUUUAUUGGAGUUGUGAACCGGAUCAUAGCAAUAAGCCAUAACACGAUUCAAGCUUCCCACACUGAGAACUAGAAUUGCUACAAUGGGAAUUUGAUCAAUUUGCUUUUUGUCCCCCAGACUCUCUCAAAAAACAACAUCAUGCAUUCAAAUUGUUUAAAGUGUUUUUUUUUUUAGCCUUGCCCAGCUCUCCUCCCUCAGGUUGUCAAAGCUCUCAGAAACAAACUUGGCCUCAAUGAGAUUGGUCGUGUAUCAGUAGAAACAAGUGAAAUGAUAUCUGAAGCACUUGACUGGAUUUUUUAACCAGUCAAAUAAUUAGGUAAAAGAGAAAAUUGGUCCAAAUUGAAAUAGAAUUAAAACUGCAACAACACUGAUCAAACUUUAAGCCAGUGAAUCAGAAGAAGCUCUGUGUUUCUGAGCAGCAGUGAAUAAUGUGUUGUUAUCUGCAGGCUGGUGAUCAACACAGAGGUACCUAUUCACUCCUGUCUUUGCAAUCAAGGACAACAAAUCAAUAGUGCGCUCUCUUUGCAGGACACUGCCGAACACUCUGUGUUGUAAACAGACAGGUGACGGCCUUGCAUGCUGCUGUCAUCCUGAACAACACCUCAGCAACAUAACUCUGACUUCCCAUGACUCAUUCUGUUUACUGCGCACACCGUUUCCUGUGUUCCUGUAAUGAUGUCAAAACAGCGGACAGAGAGGGUUGGUAGUCAACAAAUCAGCAAAGUGAAUUAAGCCGCAGGUAUGCUGUUUUGUGUCGAGGCUCCUGCUCCACAGUAAAUCUCAUUACAGUAUCGACAAGGUUGAUUACUGAGUGUAAUUGCAGGAGUUAGAGGAAUCGUUCAGGUGGAGUACUCUUUCUGCAAGGGUUGAGUUUGUUUGUUUCAAGAUUCAUCGGCAGAGACAGUUUACAUCUCGCUCUUACGGUCAGUUUACCACUUAAAUUUCAUUGGCAAAAGAUUAGUGUUUGAAUAUCCUGACUUAUCGCACAUCUGACCAAAAUAGCACCAAAAUAGCCUGAGCUACCAUUUAUGAACUAAGCAUACAGGCGCAGCUAAUGAUGUAAGUGGGCAACUGCAACACAAAAGCCAGCAGAGCACUGCUUAAGGGUGUGCAAAUCAACACAAACCUUUGGAUGAAACUAGAUCAUAAAGUUAACACCACUUGUUAAAUAGGUGGAAACUGCAGGCCAGUCAACACCAUCGAAGACUCAGGUCUGACCCCCAAUUUCCACCACAUCCAGAACGGUUCCGAUCUGAAACGGCAGCGAUUUUCACCGUCCCCCACUUCCUACCAGAUCAGUUUGUGAGGCGAAUUUCUGGGCGGAUAUGGACAGUGGAAAUCGCAAGAACUCACAAGAACCUGCGGAUUCACUUGCAAUCGUGCGAUAACGAGCUGUCUCUGUAAAGAAAUCCACAUAACCAUAAAAGCAGUAGAUUGUGUCCUUCCAAGGGAGGAAAUCCAUCUCUAGACUUCUAAAAUCAGCAUCUCCUCAUCCAUGGUGUAAUCAAGUAAAAUGCUGUCUAAAAACCUUUCACUUGUUCUUCCCCUUUUGCAAAUACGAUCCACCUGAAACAAAUAGGGUUUUAUUUUGAAAAGGAGCCGGAUGUUUUUGUGUAUUCCUUUCCAGCACGGACUAAUCUGUGCUGAAUUUAUGCGGCAUGCUGCGGCGUCUGGAAAAAAUAGAACUCUUGCAAUCAGCUGUGAAGUCUGCCAAAUCACACCUUAACAGAAAGAAGCCGUCCGAAAUUGACACAUUAACUUUAAUGGUUGCAAUCAGCUAUGAUUGGUGGAUACGGCCGUUUUGUAGCCAUUCCGAAAAUUGGGGAUGAGGCACUUUAGCAUGUUAGAACUAGUCGUAUGCAUCACUGUCACAGGGUGCAGUGGUUUUAUGUAUGCAGGACCUGUUUGAAACAAGCAGAAACCUCCAGUCAUGAGAGUCAAAGCCUAUGAAAAAAGGACUGAAAACUGCAGUUCCACUAAGUGUCCACUUGAGGCCGACUGAAAAUCCCAGAAACCACACAUACACUUAUUUAGACAAGUUCAUCUGAGUAGAAAUCCUGCCUGUAUUUUGAUUUAUGGGCAUCAAGCAAGUAACUUUUGGAGUUGAUCAAUACAAAGAGACCCCAUAAAGAUGUCGAUGGUAGUGAACAUACUGUCAUGUUCUGAUGUUAAACAAAAAGGGAAACGACCCAAAUUGCAGAUCAAAAAAAAUUAUUUAUUUUAAAGGAACUAAAAGAAGAAGCAACAAAAACUCACCUUCAAAACAGGCCAACCAAAAGAAAACAAAAAAUCACAAGGGGAGAAAAACCACGAGGAGACUCUGGAGACACUGACACACAAACAUCCAACACAAACCACUCAAUGAACCGACCAAGAAACAGGGGAAGACAAGCACUAUAUAUAUACACAGGGAAACGAGCAACGAGAGGCAGGUGAGACACUGAGACACAGGUGCAGACAAUUACAGAGGAGGGAAAACUGAGGAAGUAAAACAAGACUAGAGACACAGGGAUUAAACUACUUCAAAAUAAAACAGGAAACGCUGAUAUAAGGAAUAAAACACUGAAAACCUGAGGGAACCGGCAGAACAGGACUACAGGGGAACAGGAACAAUUGGUAACAGAAACAAUAGGAAAAAUCACAAAGAAAAUACUCUCGGAUAACCAAAACCAGGGGAAAACUAAAAACCAGAACAUAUUAUGACACAUAUCAGAAAAGAAGAGAAAGUACAGUGCCAGUGGGUAAGGAUGACUGACACAGUCAUGUGUUUUUUCAACACUUUUGAAUGUGAAUUUCAAUGUGUUGCUUUUGUGGAAAAUAAAAAACAAGCCAAAAGAAUAGAGUGAGCAUGGUGUAACUUUCAGUGAGAUUAUGUAACCCUAACAACAGCGGUGCAGAAAUGCCUUGAUGCUGAGCAGCGCCGACAAACACAUCCCUGUCUCAAUGAGAUUACCUGUCAGAAUAAAGGUUAAAUAAAAAUAAACAGAGCAAAUCCUGCUUUAAACUCAGCGCUGCUGUCUUGAGAAAUUACUCCAGGAUAUGUGCUCCAAACACUCGUAAAUAUAAAGUCAUUUUCGAUUAACUUCCAGAGAACACAGAGCCCUUACAUUGUUGUUGUUGUCUCUAAAAUACUCCCACGCUUUUUUGGUGAAUUAUUGUGGAAGAGGCACCCGUUCUGCAGCUGUUUUCAUAAGGAACCCAGUCACAUGCAGCUCAGCACAUCAUGCAUAUGGUUUUACAUGUAACCGUGAUCAUAAUCUUAAAGUUGUAUACCUGUUUUGUCUGCUCUUCAAAACCUGAUUUUCUCUUCAAAACCUUUAUCAAAGACACCUCAGGCUGAGGUGUCUUUGGUAAAGAUCAAAUCUGUAUCAGCCUACUGACCACAGAACAAGGUGGCCCAAAUCUAAACUGGGGAAAUGGUUUCCAUGUGUUUUGGGCCUUUCAUACUAUCAUUUAGAUACUAUGAUCUGGGUCUCUUUACCUGCAGUGUGAACUUGUCCUUCUUUGUAAUUUUAUGGAUACCAGAGUUUUCGACUGACACAAAGCUGUUUCAGAACAACAAACGGCACACCAGGGGGACAAAAACACUUGAAACAAACCAGAACUGACCCCCACAGCUUCAUCAGGCGUCAGGGGAAAAUCUCAACAGUGAAUCAGUGAAGCAGAGCUGUUGAUUCUCCUCUUGAUAAACGCUGAUAAACGCCGCAGCCGGUGUGUGUCUGUGUGCCAGCUGAGCAGCAGUAAAGAACCGCAGGAGGGAGAGAUUUAAGCUUCUCAGUAAUAAAACCUUUCACCGCUGUGUCACACAUGCUGCCUCUUGCUCAGGGUUAGAUGAUCAUCUGUACAGCUGGGACUGAUGAUGCAGAUGUUCCAGAUCUAUUUGUGGUACAUUUACAGAAAUGUUUGUCUGUUUCAGCAUGAGGUUAAACAGCAGAAAAGUUAUUAAUGCAUUUGUAUCUUAAUGUCAUUCCCCCAGGCUUUUUAGUUUGAAGGUCCUCAGUCUCAGGACCCAAAGGUUUUCAUCCAGUGAGGGUAUAUACAAGGACAACUUUUCAAGUAUCCUAGAAACCUUCCUGUCAGUGACUCAAGCCGAGACUUUUUCUCUGUAUAAGUUAAAACUUAUGGAGUGAGAUUAAACAUUAGGGUUAAAUUCAAAUAAAAAUAAUGUUGUAACAUCUCGGUUCAUUACAUUCCCAUGAGAACUCCCAUUUAUCUGUGUCUUGUAAGUCUUAGUUUCAUUGUCAAUAGUAAGUUAAACUGAGGCCUCACUACAGUGGUAUGAACCCAAAAAGAGUAAAAUCUACCAAUUUAGUAUGCCAACAGAAACUAACUUUUUUUUGCCCUGGUGUCAACAAGAAGAAAUAAAACAUGCUGGGACUAUUUUCCGCGAAUUGAUUUGAAUCUGCUUAAUCAAUCUGCUACAAUUUACUGCUAUUCCCAGGUGUUGCUCUUGCUCUAUUAACCUUUUCAAGAGGUUGUUAAAGGUUUUAAUCAAUCACAAUCAAAUACUUGACUCAACCAGGUGAUUAGCAAGACAGCUGCAUGAUUAAAAAAUAUUAGUUACUCAUGUAUCUGAGUAAUUCUUGUGCUGAUGGUAAGGAUCAGCCCAUGACAGAAUCUUAAUACAUCAGUCACACUCAUCUCGGCCUAUCAGGUUGAAGCAGAAGACUGUCCAUCUAUGAGCCCUGAUCUGCUCAAGGACUCUGCCUUUUAACACAAGUUGUUCUUGUUUUUGUCCAGGUCCUGCGUUCGAACCCAGGUCAGGGCGUAUCUGUGUGGAGUUUGCAUGUUCUCCCUGUGUCUGCAUGGGUUUACUUUGGGGACAUCCCAAAUAUAUGCAGAAGUAGGGUUUGGUUAAUUGGUCACUUUCAAAUUGCCCAUGGGUGUGAAUGUGAGCGUGGAUGGUUGUUUGUCUCUGUCAGCCCUGCAAUGAACUGGCCACUCAUCCAGGGUGUCCCCUGCCUUCGCCCGAUGAUGCUGGGACGACCCCAAACGGGAAUAAGCGGUAGACAAUGGAUGGAUGGAUGUUUUACAUUUCCAUGUUUAUUAGGGUGACCAUAUGCUCUCUUUCCUCGGACAUGUCCUCUUUUUGGGGGGCUGUCUGGCCUUGUCCGGGGAGUUUAUAAAAUCCUUCAAAUGUCCGGGAUUUUGUAUGGAAGGUUUGAGUUUGUGUCGCUUGGACUUACUGAAUUAGAAGCUAGUAAAAAACAUUUGAUCUGACCUGAAAAACUCUCAAAAUUAACUACGCCCAACUAUGUGACUCCGCCCCCUCAAAGUCGUGUCCUCUUUUUGGGGAUUCAGAAUAUGGUCAUCCCCAAUGUUGAUACCGCUAGCUGGCUGUUCACUGAAAAACCAAAACUACACCUUUAUCUCCACUUUAUUUCAGAACAUGAUGAAUUUAUUCUCAUUAUAUUAUGACUUUAAUACAACUUGAUUUUUGUCAAUGAUUGUAUUCAGACCUAAUUCUUGUAAGAAAAUGACUUAAAAAAUUAUCACUUUUUUUCUAUGUGGCCCUUGUACGUAAGAAACUUUUAGCAUUACUUAGCUAUUGCGCAUUUGUGUUAUUAAAACAAUGAAAAAAAACAGAAUUGCAAUCUAAAAACUUAGCUAUAGACUAAAGUUAUGAAGAUGAAAUAAGCGGAAACAUCACCACUUCAUCACUUGAAACAUUUUAAUCUAUAGCAUCUACUGUGAAUGAACCCGUCUUUGUCAUGUAGAUCUCUCAUCAUUUGAACGUCUUUACUUUACCACCCAAACAAGCCGAUGACUUCAGAUUGAUUUUAGCAGCAGUACUGCAAACAAGGGGACUACAGCUAUCACAAUACUACAGGGAUUCUGGGAAAAAGCAUUAAUCAAAGUGUGGUCCGUGCUCUCUUGCAGCAGGGGUGUGUUAUGGGUGCGAGGUGGCACCCUGGAGAGCAAUAAGAUAGAAUUGGGGCACCAAAUGGUCUUGUAGUCUAUUGCAUAAAUGUGAGUUCGAGGGCAGAGGUGUGGACAUUUGGACCGAGAUUUAAAAAAAACUGAUUAAUUCCUGCCUGGAGCUCCUCCUCAUUAAGUGAAAUUGGAGAGUCUGUAAUAUAUGCUUUAAUAACGGGGAAAUGAAAUGAGGCUCUUCAGGAUCCUAUCGUUCACCUCUUCUCUUCUCCUCCCUGUCAUUUGAUCCCUCCAUCACACUCUGGGUUUGAUAGAAAGUGACAGCUUAUCCGACUUCAUCUUCUCAUUUGAUUUCCUCGUCUGCCUGCAUUUCUCUUCAUUCUCUCAGUUAAAUGUUUGUCAUGGUCACUUCAGCUCAGGGCACGGUGAUUCCUGAUGUUACUGAAUAUCACAGAUGGAAUCUGACUUUCUAAAGGUCAGCGUCGUCAGUCUGCGUUUCAGCUGAACUGUGCCCCGAUGCUUAAAUUGCAGGCGUGCCAGAAUGUCGACACUUUUAUGAUGAUGCAAAAUCUCCCCUGCAAUCUCCGCUCCGUAAAGGUCGUCUGUUCUCCAGGUGAGCUGACAGCUGAGUAAUGGCCCUCACUGGCGGGCUCCCCAGGCGUGACCGGCUGCUCUGAGAAAGAUUCAGAGCUGAAGUCCCUGAGAUAUCGCUCUGAAUUUACUCAUGUUGUAAAAGACAGUGUCUUAUAAGGGGCUGAAUAACAGACAUGCUGCCACAUCCCCUGCAGAGAUGACUUUAUUUUCCUGACAGCAUCUCAGUGCAGCAGUGGACGAGGUAUAUUUAGAUGGAUAAAGACACUGAAAAUGCUCUUUUCUCGCUGAGAUAAAGUGUUUCUAUAAGGGAAUAACAUCAGACUGAAUGGACAAUAUAAUUGAUUUGAAUAGACCUUAGGACAUUUACGCUGUCAGAGCUGAUUAGCGCUGUGACAGCUGUGACUUACUCAGGGAUUGAUUGGACUGACAUGUUGCUAUUUCUGUAACUAACAGGCAGGGGCGAAUAAAAAAAUGUGGCAUACUGAACAAACUGUUCUCUGCAGAGUGACAAUCUGAGGACUAAAGGGGAAAAACCGAAGGGAUGUAUGGGCUGUGAACACAGGACAAACAUGAGGUUUUUGUCUCUGCUUUGUGCAAAAAAUAGUUUCAAUUGAAUCAAAUUUGAACUAUUAGAGCUGGAUACUUUCACUAAAUAAAGCUGUAACUUCCAACCCUCUUAAUAUGUGAUCAUAUAUUACUUUAAUUUCAAGGAUUACAAUGUGGUGAUGAUGGAAAGGCAACAAGGAGGUCUGUCACAGAUUGCUGUUUGCAUAAUCCAUGGAUAUUUUGAUUAUAUUUUGUAACAACAAUAAAAAAGCUGAUGGAAUACUGGGUAAAAAAUUGAUGAAAACAGAUUGUUGAUGGUUUGCAAAUCAUUUUCACUUUGCAUUUGAUUAAAAAUAGUGCAAAGACACGAAGCCAAAAAAGAGGCAACUGGACUGUCCAGUUGUCCAGUAGUCCAGUUGCCUGUUUUUAAGUCUUCAAGAAAACCAUGACCUGGAUGAAUGAGAAUCUACAUGGACAUAAGCCAGAAAAGCCAGUUUUCUUCACAAUUCUACUUAAAAGGAUAUUCCGUCGAAAUUAAUUUAGGGUCAAACACACCAUAACACCAGUUAAGACAUCCCGUUGAGAGAUUAAUGUUGCCGACCGCUUGCUUCUCUAGUUAUACCAACUUUAGUUAUCGUGUGUUUGACCCUAGCCUAAUUUUAUGCCGGGAUAUCCCUUUAAGAAACAAAUGGAUUACCUCAUUGACGCUGCAUCCACUUAUUAUACAGUCUGUGUUCUGUUAGACUGUAUGACAACUGAAUGUAGAGCAGUGACUUUCGCCCAUUUAUUUGUGAAAGGGAGUUUUGAAACUUAUUUGUGGCAGUCACCAUAGUGUUACUUGACCUCCCUUUUGUAAGCCCAAAGGUCAAAGCCAUUGAGUUUUGGUUUUUAAUUAAAAAUUGGGUCAGAAUGAUUUUAAAACCACCCAACAAGUACAAAAUAGCUUCCAUUCAUAGUUUCAAUAAAAAUAAGCAGAAGUUUCAAUGCCUUUUGGGCCUUCAUUCUUGUUUAUACAACUAAAUGGAGUGAGAUAUAAAAUUAGACUGAGGUACUUUCAAAGAUUUUGAGUUUUGUGAUUCAGGUUUGUUGUAGAGUCAGUGUAAGUGGGCUGAAGUGGGCUGUUGGCUCCGUGGGAGUUGAGGGGAUUGUGGAAAGACUUGUGGGACCCUAUGCGAGCGGGUGUGAAGACAUUAUGUGUGUAAAAUUUAAAGUCUGACCUUCACAUGCGUCAACAAAAGAUGACGAGUCACUCACCCACAUCAAGGUCAGUCCAGUAGUAAAUGAUAAUACUCCGCAAGUCCGUAAACAUGUUGCCUAUGGACUGAGAGUGUUGAAAGAACAUUCUUUACCUUGAGAAAGAAAAUUCUUGUGAUGCUGUGUGGUGGAAGUUACUACUUGGUGAGCCAGUUGAUGAGCCAGGCUAAGGUGUACUUCAUAAUAGAGAAAGUAGACAACGUCAAGCUUCAUAUAUGGUUUCCCCUUUGUAUGAUGCAGCUUUGACCGACCUGUCCAUGCAGUAAGGGGAUUUUGGGCCCAUGCAUUGAUUUCCACUACAGAGUUUUUAAUGCAGUGCUGCCUGAGGAUGUGCAGAUCAUGGCCAUCCAAUAUUGGUUGAUGAUUAAAUCACCUUUUUUUGUAAUUUUUACAAAGAACAUUAUUCUGAAAUUCAAACUCAGUCUUUCUUGAAUGAUGUUUUUAUACCCAGUCAUAGUUGGUCGAUGUUCCUCCAACUGUUUUUGUUUUUACUGUUUUGUUGAACCGACACCAACUUUUUUUUGUAGCAAACUGCCAGCAUCAGAUUUAAAUCAGUGUUUGGAUUUUUUUGUCUUCCUUGAAUCCACCAAGAAUUGUGGAUUGGGAAGGUGAUGGACAAGGACAUGACAGUGUUUACUUUACUGACAUAUCUUGGGGGGACAAAUUGACUACACUCAGCCACAGACCAUCUAUUUAGCUGUAAAAAGUGCUUCUUAAUUAAUAACACACUUCGAUGAUAAAGAAAUUUGAUUUUACUCUGGUCCUGUCAGAGCCGGAGGAGGAGGCGGGGGAGGAAGAGGCGGAUGAGUGAAGAGCUCUGGGACUAAGCCUGUGUCUAUAACAACCAGUUUUUGUAAUGAAAGGACAGCAGAAUCCUCCACACAGCUUUCCUGUUCGGUUGUACUGAGAGGGACAACUCACUGAUGACUCAUGUUGGAGAGAAGUAGAUUUCUGUCCAAGUUUUACUUCCUCACGAGCUACAAAAUGGUAUAGCUUUGACAGAAAAAAAUUCCAAUAGUGAACUGGAGGUGUAGUCUACGUUGUUUAAUCUAAUAUGGGCACCUGGACAUUAAGCAUGGACCUGAUUAAGCUUAAUGACCAUUUCAGUUCUUUCUUUUCUCUCCACUGUUCUUGUUCUUUUAUGACUCAAUUACAGCUUUAUCCUGGUGAUACAAAGACUUCAACUUGAUUCUUGUAAUAUAAUGACUUUUUCUUAUAUUACUGUGACUCAACUUCAAUUCUGUUCUUGUAAUGAUAUUAUUCAACCACUAUUUUAUUCUUUUCUUCCUAAUAACUGUAAUAUUACAAUUUAUCAUAAUUUGACUUGUUUCUCUCCCAGUACGAUGGCUUUUCUACGACUUUAUCUUGGUUAUAUUUUUCCCAUAUUACUAUGACCUAACUACAUCAUUAUUUUAGUGAUAUUAUUACUUUAAUUUCUCAAACUAUAAUGAUAUAAUUACCACUUCAUUGUCAUAAUAUAAUUACUUUUUGUUCUCCUAAAACGAUGGCUUUACUAUGACUUCAUUCACAUAGUAUUGUGACUUUGACUUUAUUCUUGUAAUAUUAUUACUUUGGUCCAAGUCAUGUCUUUUUUUCUCUUGUUGUUUCAGACUGACCUUCAGCCCUUGA